AUGGCUCCGUCUAUUCGCACGCUCGAUCUCAACAACACAUCGUCGGCAUACUUUGCGCCAGCGACUGUGACUUCAUCAUCGAAACUUGUUCACGUGGCCGGCCAGCCCGGCUCGACGGUAGACGGGCAAGUCCCCGACGACUACGAGUCCCAGAUCCACCUCGCUCUCCUCAACUUGCGCAAGAUCAUUCUCGUUGCCGGUGCAUCUAUCAAAGACAUUGCAAAGCUCACACUGUACAUCGUCGACUAUGAUAGCGCCAAACGGAAACACGUUCGCCACAUCCAACGUUUCCUCGCCGGCCAUCGGCCAGCAAUGACUCUCGUGCCGGUGCCUAAGCUGGCAAUGCCGACAUCGAAGUUCGAGAUUGACGCCGUAAUCGCAGUUCCCGAACCCUCAGUGCCUUUGGACAGAGCGACUCUGCCGGAAUCAUCGGAGUCAGUCGACGUCGUUAUCAUCGGUGCCGGGCUCGCUGGGUUAAGCGCUGCGCGCGACAUCACACGCGCCGGCCUCUCUUGCAUCGUCCUUGAAGCAAGAGACCGCGUUGGCGGAAAGACUUGGAGUCAGCCUCUAAAGCAAAGCCAGCCCGGAGUAGUUGACCUUGGUGCUGCAUGGAUCAACGACACCAACCAACAUAGGAUGUAUGCGUUGGCAAAGCAAUAUGGGGCCGAGUUGAUUGAACAGAACACAAACGGCAACGUGGUCAUGCAGGACUUUGACGGAGUUUGCUCGCCGUUCCCGUAUGGGGAGCUUCCCAUGUUUGAUGAGAUUACUCGUCAACACCUCGGCGCUGUUCGCGACAUGGUCGAAGCCGACUGUCAAGCCGUAGACACUUGGAAGCCAACGAACACGAGCUUGGAUAGUGUCACCUUUGACGCAUACUUGCGCUCUCGGGGCGCCAGCGAGACUGCAAUUGCAACGGCCAAUGUAUGGACCCGCGCAAUGCUUGGUCAGGAGGCGGCCGAUAUAUCGGCUCUUUUCUUCCUCAACUACUGCAAAUCUGGUGGUGGACUUUUGCAGAUGCGCUCCGAUCGCAAGGGUGGUGGCCAGCAUCUCCGCUGCGCCUCAAUCAACCCGUCCGUGCCGUGA